UCUGCAAAGAACAAUUUCGUUUCCCGCCAAGUGGUGUCACUUCCUGUGAGACAACUUCCGCUAGGAAUGACAACAACAGACAGCUGUUGUCAAGAUGGCGGAUGGCUAUGGAGGAGAAGAGGGUCCCCUGGACGCUGAAGAAGCCGGGGAUCACAUAAAAUCAAUUUUGAGGCGUUGUAGAGGCCGUCCCAGGCUCACGGAUUCUGACCGAGCACAAAGACGCCUCGAGUCCCGCAAGAAGUAUGAUGUUAGGCGAGUUUAUCUUGGAGAAUCUCACAAGGUUUGGAGUGAGCUUCGCCGGCGAACGAGUUUGAGUGACGCUGGACUUGCCGAGUACCUAAUCCUGCUCAACUCCACGUACGGGGAGAGAUACCAGCAAAAAUACGGAGGGAAGACAAUCCCAGAAGUAUGUACAAAACUGAAAAGAGGGAAAAAUGAGAGAGUGUCCAGCCUUUGUAGCAUGGUGACCUGGUACCAGGAUCACUCCCAAACCUGCCCACAUGAACCCCAGCUCAGAGCUCUGGAACCCCAACCUGGAUUCUCCACCUCUGCUAUCUGGCAGUGUGAUGCUGACCAUUCAUUUGUGCAGCACCUCUCCUCGCCACCAAGAGGGACCAGUGAGCCUGAGAUGGAGACAGAGACAGAGGAGGAAGUUGAUAGUGACACAAGGACAGAGGAUACCAGAGGAAUCAUGACCAGGAGGAGGAGGAGGAGAGAGACAGAUGCCCACAGACAGCUCACUGGAGGGGAUUUGGAAGUGGCUGGAGCCCCGGUGACUAUGGAUCAGGUGGAGCAGGCCACAGCUCUCAGCCAGCUCCCAGAGAUGGAGGCCCCAUACAGGGACACUCCCUUAAUGGAGCAUCUCUCUGAGAAUCAGUCUGUCUGGGAGAUGGAGGUGGUGAUGGAGGCAGGCAGACAGCAAGCCCAGGAGUCUGAUGACGAGGAGACAGGUUACAAUGCUGUAGGGGAGGACAUCAACCCAAAGGAGGAGGUGGAAAACCUGAGAAGAGAUGAAGGAGUGGGUACAUCACAAGAUGGCUAUGAGUGUGUUGUAGUGACUGCAUCCUUAACUGACAGACUGGACAAAGCCAAUAAGCAGGACACCACACAGACAAUGGGUGACACAGUUGGUGUAGACACUCAGACCAACCUCCAUCCAGUCCCAGCCUCUAUGCAGGUGCCUGGGCAAGGGGAGCUGUUUGAUUCUCAGACACUACAGACUGUGGGGACCACCUGUGAGAUACCAGACCAGCGAGGAACUCUGGAUGGUUCUCAGCUGAUCAUCAUCACUGGCCCCAGCUACGAGGCUUUGGCAUCCGAGGGCAUCCAGCUCAACAUGGGGGGUGGAGACGUGGAGGAGGUCACAUGCACUGUCAUAGAGGGCGUGGCUUACAACCAAAUGUGCCAGUCAGUGGCAGACUUUAGGACGACAGAGGAAGACUCCAUCACAGAUCUUUUUCUCUCAGGCCUGAGUGACAAGGAGCUGCUCCAGCCCAGUGUUGAGUCUCAUGGCUUGGAGUCCACCUGUGAAAGGGAGCUACAGAGGGGCCUAAGCAGAUGUAGGAGGAGCAGACGAGGUCCUGUCAUCGAGGCAGACGGAAUGCUCAAGAUGUUCCACUGUCCGUAUGAAGGCUGUAGUCAAGUCUAUGUAGCCAUCAGCAGCUUUCAGAACCAUGUGAAUCUGGUUCACAGGAAGGGGAGGACCAAGGUGUGCCCCCACCCCGGCUGUGGCAAGAAGUUCUAUCUGUCCAACCACCUGCAUCGCCACAUGAUCAUCCACUCAGGAGUCCGAGACUUCAUCUGUGAAACAUGUGGGAAAUCGUUCAAAAGGAAGAAUCACUUGGAGGUUCACCGGCGCACGCACACAGGAGAGACGCCCCUUCAGUGUGAGAUCUGUGGGUACCAGUGUCGCCAGCGAGCAUCUCUCAACUGGCACAUGAAGAAACACACCCCCGAGGCCCACUACAACUUCACCUGCGAACACUGUGGCAAGAGGUUUGAAAAGCUUGACAGUGUUAAGUUCCACAAGUUAAAAAGCCACCCAGACAAACAGGCAAUGUAAGGCGCAGUGCUGCUGGAAUGUGCACUAAAUAUCAACUGGUCAGGGCCAGACCAGAAAGUGACUGAAUCUGUCGACACAAAGAACAAGAGAAGAAGAGUGCCCGUAGAGACUGGUAUGCCCGUUUGGGGAAAGAGCAGCUCUUUUGAAUGAACAUUGCUUAGACUCGCUCACUAUAAUGGACUUUAGACCCUGCUCUCAAAGCUGUGCUGGACACAGCCUUUUUAGAGCUCACAGAGGCAGCCUAACUGUUGAUAUAGUACAUUUCAGCACAGUUGUUUACAUAAUGUGCUGUACGCCUCUAAACCAUACUGUCUCUAUACCAUAUUAUUAACAUAUCCAUAGAUUCUCUCUUUUUAUUCACUUUUAUACAUUUGUCAUCCACAGUUGUAAUGUACUUGUUGGAAAAUAGUUUUUUUGUUUUGUUGUUAAUGCUUGUGUUCUCACGUCAAUACAUGAACUGAUGACUGCUGGUAAAAUGCCCAAUAUUGAUGGGGGAAAUCAUGGGGAAAUUAUGUGUUGUCACAUAAGUGGGCUGCCUACAUUGAAGUAGAGAAUUGGCCAUUUCUGUCAUUGACCUGACCAAGGAGUACCGGUAGUCUUUUUGUGUGAAAGUCUUGCAUCAUCUUUCAGGUCUGUCUGUUGAACUGUGUGUCUAUGAACAGAGUGAUGUUGUAUUGUGGUUCUAAAAUGGCUAAUGUAGUUUUUGAAAACCUCUUUUUCUAAAGAUCCAAAGCAGAAUCGCUAAUUUAUAUUUGUUCUUUUCCUGUUUUCUGUAUUACUGAAAUUAUCAAUGUAAAAUAUGUGAAUAUGACCCAAAUAGAUUAUGUACAUAUUUAUGGAAGAGACAUUUGUUUGAGACAAAUGUAAUAUAAAAAAAGGAGUAUUGUAUUGGUGUUUGGGAUUGUCUGAUGUGGCAAGGAAAGGCAUAAUGUGAGUGUUGUCACACUGACACACACAAGGAACUGGCAAACAUAUUUUCAGUGCAUGGUGGGAUGAAUAUAAGACACAUCAGGUAUGUCACCAAUGGCUGGUAUGACAAAUGUUCUAAAUACUUGAAUUGUUGAGUAAGUCAAGGUACUAGGAUACUAAUGCUCUAACCUGAUCAUUAGACUUGAGCUGGUCAUUAGACUUGAGCUAAAAUCAGAUACUCACCACAAUACUGUAUUAAUGUAACUGUCCAGUGUUUCCAUAUUUCUAUUAAAUAUGACAUCGGGUAAUUAAUUACAAUAUAAUUGAAA